AUGUCAACUUUCAUGCGCACGUCUCCCCCCCUCAAUGCUCUAGUGUUUUUCUAUAGUGCGUCCUUCAUUCGGUUCACUGUGCGCUGCUCAAUGUUCUACUCUUUUCUCUGUAUUUUUUUAUGUCUCUCUGUGUAUCUUCUCUUCUUAGCGUCUCACUUGUUGGUAGUGGGUGAUCUGGGGGCUUACAUGCGGUGCAUGCCACUUUCUCACAAGACUUUGACGCAACAUAAAUUUCAGAAGCUCAGUGCCAUAUUUGAUGUUGGGCGACAUUUUUAUCAUCUACUUUCUUUGGAGUGUACGGCUUUGAUCGUCUGUGCGCGUGGCGCGUUCCACUUCAAUCCUGCCAUGGGUUUCGACGCCGCCACCAUCUCAAGCAACAAUGACAAUUUCGACCUUGACCGCUGGAGAAAGAAUUUCAAGGACAAGCAUGCAAACCUGAUCGUCUGUGUGCGUGGCGCGUUCCACUUCAAUCCCACCAUGGGUUUCGACGCCGCCACCAUCUCAAGCAACAAUGACAAUUUCGACCUCGACCGCUGGAGAAAGAAUUUCAAGGACAAGCAUGCAAACCUGGCGAAGAAGAUGCAUUUCAUGUAA